GAAAACCCAAAGAAUUAAGCCUUCGUAACUUCAAACUACAACCAAAUCACAAACCUCUUUGUUGUCUAAUAAUAUUCUUGGCCUAUAAAAUCAUAGAGAUCUAUCUCUGCUUUCUCACAAAACAAAACAUUACCUAUUAAACCAAAAAGAAUGAGCAGGACUAAAACAAAAGAGAGAAAGAGAUAGAGAGAAUGGCUAACUUUGGAAUCGAACGGGUUUACCAAGAAUUUGAGCCUGUAACUAGAUGGACCUCUGAACCAGACGCCGAGGUCCUUGUCGCUGAUCUUCCAGGAUUCAAGAAAGAACAACUUAAGGUGGCGGUAACCGCAACAAGGAAGCUAAGACUUAUAGGAGAACGUGCAACUGGGGGAAACAAAUGGCUUCGCUUCCACAAGGAAAUUCCUGUUCCCUUGACUGUUGACACUGACUCGAUUUCAGCUAUGUUCAAGGAUAACAAACUCUACAUCCGACAUCCCAAAAUCAAGACAGAAAUCCCUCAAACUAAGCCACCAUCACCAGUCAAACCACCGGUGAUCAUGAAAAACCAUGAUCUGCAUGAGAGAAAACAAGGCCAUGGUCAAAAAGCAAUGGCUGAGAAGCCGAGCGGUGGUAAAACUGAUCAGCUGAAACAUGAUGCACAGCAAAAAACCGAUCAGCUGAAACAUGAUGCAGAGCAAAAAACCGAUCAGCUGAAACAUGUUGCACAGCAGCUGAAACAUGAUGCACAGCAAAAAGCAAGGGAAUUACAGAAUGGAAAAAAGGAAUUAAUUGGUGAGACUAAAGGACCUUUGGAUUCCAAGGAUGAGGAGAAAGACAAAGUUGGAGCAAAAUGGUUCGAGAAGUACAAAGAGGCAACUGGAAAUGUGGUAAAGGAAGCUAAGAACAAAAGACAGUUACUUUGCAAUUUGGCUGCUUCGGUGUCAUUGGUUCUGCUUAUCUUACUAUAUGCUAGAAAUGCAGUACGUUCAUCCUUUGUGUGGGAUACCGAGGAAUAAGUGACCCUUACAGUUGCAUCUCACAAUGUAUAAUCUUCUUCAUGCAAAAAGAUAAAUAAUAAUUGCCUAUUCCACUCUA